AAGAAUUUUGAGUGGUGACAGUUAACUCUGUAUAGGCUUUGAAUAUUAAAUAGUUUUCCAGAGAUGAUGUUUUUCUUAGAUGGUUUGCUUUUCUGUUGUGUUGAAGACUGUGAUUUAAACCUCAUGUAGAAAAGUGUAGACCAUCAAUUUCUAGCUUGGUGAUUAAUGUACAUUUUUCUGUUUCUUAGGGAAUAAUGUGUAGGUCCUUUUGAAUCCUGUUGAAAAGACUUUAAUGAGCAGAUUACUAAAAGACCAGUACCUCUCAGUGAAUUUCAGUGUCUGUUCUGUAAGCUCAUUCUCAAUUCAGCCUUGGGCUUCCUGCCUGGAGGGAUGCAGACAACCUAACUUACGCUUUUUACAGGAUUGGUGGGGAGUCCUUAGCAGUUGCCCAGAAUACAUAUGCUGUGAGCUGGUUUAAAGGCAAAGAGUUAAACUUGGUGUUUGGACUCCAACUUAGCAUGGCAAGAAUUGGAAGCACAGUCAACAUGAACCUCAUGGGAUGGCUGUAUUCUCAGGUCGCAGCUUCAGUGGGUUCUGCUGGUCACACAACCCUUGGGGUCACACUUAUGAUCGGGGGUAUAACAUGUAUUCUUUCACUUGUCUGUGCCUUGGCUCUUGCUUACUUGGAUCAGAGAGCAGAACGAAUCCUUCAUAAAGAACAAGGAAAAACAGGUGAAGUGAUCAAGUUAACUGAUGUGAAGGACUUCUCAUUACCCCUGUGGCUUAUAUUUAUCAUCUGUGUCUGCUAUUAUGUCGCUAUCUUCCCUUUCAUUGGACUUGGAAAAGUUUUCUUUACAGAGAAAUUUGGAUUUUCCUCCCAGGCAGCCAGUGCUAUUAACAGUAUUGUAUACGUAAUAUCAGCUCCCAUGUCCCCAAUAUUUGGGCUUCUGGUGGAUAAAACAGGAAAGAACAUCAUCUGGGUUUUGUGUGCAGUGGUGACCACGCUUGCUUCGCACGUCAUGCUGGCCUUCACGCUGUGGAACCCCUGGAUCGCUAUGUGUCUCCUGGGACUCUCCUACUCACUACUCGCCUGUGCCUUGUGGCCAAUGGUGGCGUUUGUAGUUCCUGAACAUCAGCUGGGAACUGCGUAUGGCUUCAUGCAGUCCAUUCAGAAUCUUGGGUUGGCGGUCAUUUCCAUCAUUGCUGGAAUGAUCUUGGAUACUCGGGGAUACUUGUUUUUAGAAGUUUUCUUCAUUGCCUGUGUUUCCUUGUCACUUUUAGCUGUCGUCUUACUCUACGUGGUGAAUCGUGCCCAAGGUGGGAACCUAAAUUAUUCUGCAAAAAAAAGGGAAGAAACGAAACUUUCUCAUGAAGAGUGAGAAGUUUAAAUGGCCGUGUCAUGAGAAUGGGCUGCAUACAUCAUUGGUUUGAAAACCUCCCUUUUUUUUUUUUUAAUUUAGAGUUUAGUCAUUAGGAAAAAUAAUAGUCUGGAGAGAUUUUAUAUUUAUAUUUUGAAUAUAACUAUUUUAAAGCAUAACUGUAGGGACUGUGUCUUCUGUAUUGCUGAAAAAUUCUGCUUUGGAAUAGUCUUAUCAGUGGUGAAGUGUACAAAAUUGCACCUGGUACAGGCAGGUGAUUUUGAGUAAGGACAGUAAAUAAUGGAAAUCUUUGGAUAUUGUAUUGACAUAAUUUUCACAAAAUAUAUCUUAAGAAUAUGGCCUUUUUUUUUUUAAUCUUAAAAAUAAAAGCUUUUCAAGUAAUAGAAAGGAUGUUUUAUAUAGGAUAAAUAAUGGCAUUUUAGAGGCAUUCCCUUUUGUAAUAGGGGAAAUUUGAAAGAUAUGUUUAUGAAGUCUCAUUUCCACAUAUAGCAGAUUUUGUUCUCCUCUCUUUAGUUAUGAGAGGUUGCUGACCUUUUUGAGCUUCUAUAUUUCUCUGUUACUGAGAACCCUAAUCCCUUACGGACAUGAUUUUGUGGUGCAAACUUUCUGUAUGAUUUUUCCUAUAGUACAUUAAUUACUAAAAGUUAUGUAACUGUAAAUUAUGGUAAUUGUAUAUCUACACAGAUAAAUAAAAGCACUGUAAAAGAAAUACUUGAUGUCUUUAACUUUUGACUUAAAAAGCAUUAAAACACUGAUUUUAACUCUUA